UGAGUAGCUCAUAACAUUCUCCUGCAAUGAGCAGUUUUUCAGUAGUAGCGCCGAAGGGAAGACACACGGAGCCGUGGACGGAGAACGGAGAGAGGGGGAGUGAGCAGCAGAGGAGGGUCCUACACAACGAGGAAGGAGUUUUCCAAACAUCAGCUGACCCCACCCAAACCCCUUACCACCACAAAUGCCAAGAUGAAGAGACUAGAGACUUUGUGUAUAGACCUUCAUAUGUCGUAAGGCUACAGGCGAUAACAGGACAGUGUUUGCUGUGAGUCAGUAACGUUACUGAACAUGGAUGAUAAACACUGAGUAGCCUUAACUAGAUUACAUUCGACCCGACAUGGACAGGAAGCGCCCUAAACUGCUCAUCCUAAGGAGAGACACAGUAGAGGGUAGGAUGGUGGCACGACACAUUGCUCUGGAGGAGGACACACCCCUGAGCCACGCGGCCAAUCAGGCUCCAGACCUCGGAGAGGGAGCCAAUCAGGGAGACCAGGGCGGGGCUGAAGGAGAGACCCGCGGUGAAGAGGCGCUGAUCCAGCUGGAGAGCGACAUGCUCCCUCUAGGAGCAGAGGUCCAGAUGCACACGGUCUCCAGUGAACGACUGGUUCUGACCCGGGGGACGAGGGAAGGAGGGAGGUGUCUGGAUGGGCCGCCUGGAGCCUGGUCUGAGCCCCUGGGGGAGGACGACAUUGACAAUGGGGAAGAGGUGGAGGAGCGUGAUAAUGAACAGAGUCCGGCUCCUAAGCGCAAGUGGAGGUGGAAGGUUCCGGUGCAGGCUGACGACGACUGGGAAGAUUGCUCCUCUUUAGGGCCGGGCUGGAAACGCAAAGUGGUGUUCCGGCGCUCAACCACCCAGCCCGCUAAGAGGAAGUGGGACACGUACUACUGCAGUCCUUGUGGGGACCGCAUGAGGAGCAAGGUUGAACUGGCCAAAUACCUCCGUGGUGGCAUGGACCUCUCUCGUUUUGACUUCCAGUCAGGACUCUUCUUGGAUGAGAAGAGCAGGUUGAAGCAUUUGAACCACUUGGAGGAAGUUCACUCCUCUAGUACGAGCACCUCCAGGGCUGGUACCCCUAUGACCGACACCCCCAGGACAGGCACUCCAGACCUGGACCGGAACCACACCCUCGAUGGCUUCCCUGGAACUCCCCAGCGCACACCACAGAGUCAGGUCAGCUUCCCGCACAUCACACAGUCCCCCACUGCUGUUAUCCACAACAGCCUCCCCACCACCCCUAAGCCAUCCCUGGCCAGUGGCUCCCCCUCUCUCCGUCUGGAGCAGAUCUCCCCACAGAGACUCGGUGCCGUGGCCUCUUCAAGCCGAGACGUGGUAAUCCCUCAUCUGUCUCAGUCUCUCCUGCCUCUCAGCCCGACCAACAACCAGCUCCUUCAGUCAGGACUACAACCACCUAGCCCAACCAAGAAUCCGCUCUCUCAAUUAGGACUCCAACCCCCAGAGAGGCACAGGAAGGUAGUAGUGAUCCAUCGGCCGGAUGUGGAUUUGGACCCAAUCACCUCCCCUCCCCCUCAGCACCGUUCCCUGGUAACCCAGUGGACCCAACAGUGGAGUGGAUCUAAUAUUGUGCUGAAUGGACACAGAGAAAUGGACACCGAGAAACCAACUUGUACAGGUAGACGUGGACAGGCAGAGUCAGUGGAAGUAACGUCCCUUAGGCCAGGCUCCUACGGUGAGAGGAUUCAGCAGAUGAAAACAGCCAAUGACAAAGAUGCUGAGAAGAAACAGUCCCCAAGUAUUGUGUUCAGAAAGGUGGGAGGGGAUAAAUGGGUUCUAGGGGGGAAACAACUGGAGUUCAAAGAAGAGGAAUUCGGCGGCACGACUCCACUUUACGCUAAGAUGAAGCGUAAGCGGUUUGGACACAAAUCAACCAAGGUCACCAGGAGACCUAGUAUAUCGAGAAAAGCCAAGAUGAAAGAAUCUGUGAAAGAACUGGAAGAAGAGGAGGAAGAAGAAGAGGAGGAGGAGGAGGAGGAAGAAGUAGAAGAAAAGCCACAGAAGAAGAUGAGGACUCCUCAACAGAAGGUUAAAGAGGAAGAAAAACAAGAGUUGAAACCACAGAGAAAGAAGGUACGGGUGAAAGAGAAGGAGGAGGAAGUAAAGUGGAAGCCAGAGAAAAUUGUGUAUAACCACAGCGAGGGAAGUGACUCUGCAGAACCACAUGAACCGAAUAACAUCUCACGUAUAACGGGUAAAUUGAAGAAGCGGACUCAGGGCUGUGGUCAGUGUGCUCCCUGUCAGCGUACAGACUGUGGUAAAUGUAUCUACUGCCUGGACAAGCCCAAGAACGGCGGGGCCAACAAAAAGAAACAGAAGUGCAAGUACCGCCGCUGUCUUAAUAUGCCCACCAAAAGGGACUUAAUGGGAAGCUACUUUAAGAAACACCUGACAGAAGACCCAGGAAGUGCACUUCCAGGAAGUGUUCCUGUUUCACCAGGAAGUGUAGUAGGACGUGGAGCAGGAUAUGUACUAUUAGGAAGGACACUUUCAAAAUGGCGUAUGGUAAAACCAGGAAGUGGAUCAACAGUUGGGACAGGGAGGGGACGUGGUCUGCCCCCUAAACACUUCACCAAACGAAGGAGACGAGUAUGGAGCCAGGUCUCCUCGAGUGAUACGACAGAGACGGACGAGACUGAGGAGGAAGAGGAACCCGUCUACACCGUUACCACCCAGUCGUUGGAACACAGCCCCGGGGGAGGGGGAGAGGAUGGAGAGGGAUGGGCGGAACUACAAGAGUACGACGACGACAUGCCUGAACAAAUACCUCAGAUGUCUCCAUCCUAUAUGCCUGUAAACCCCAGUAGUGGUGUAUCAUGUUCGGAGGAACCCUACCCCAGCAGCUGUGGCCAGCCCUACCCGCAGAGCUGUUACCAGGGCGACCAUGGCAACCUCCAGUUCAUCAGGAUGAAUGGCAACCAAAUUACCAUCACCCCUGGCCCCAGCCUGGCUUCUCAGGCCUCCGCAGUCCUGGAACCUGCAGUUGAACCCCCGUCUGUUAACUACAUGACAUCUGAACCAACCGCUGUGCAGCAUCUAGGUCCACCUCUGCACCAGCCCCUUGCUGAGCCCUCGUCACCGUACAGCAUGAGCAGGACAGAGACGGUCGCACUGGACUACACCGAGGAGGAACAGCUCGUAGAGCUGUACGCCGAGAUACCCCGAACCGUCAUCCACCUCGGACCACCUGACCUGCCAGAGGUCACGGGGUCAAAGGUCAUGCCUGGGUUGACCACCGAGGUCAUCCAUGAUGUCACUCUUGAUGAUGUCACUCCAGAGAUCACAGAGACCUUCAGUCUGGCCGACGGCAGCGAGUCCUGUCGUGACGAGAGGGAGGCAGCUCUGUUUGGGUUCCUGAGGGCCCUGCGCCGCACGGUGCUACCAGCCCACUGGGUAGGGGUCAUGGCCAGGGGACCUCUAAUACAACUCCUCCAGUGCUCUAAACUCUCUACCAUGGCUGACACAGUUCUCCAGAUCCAACCUGGCUUCUGCUUCCAGGUGACGGUACAGGGCCAGCCCCUGCUGCUGACCCACCCCCUGUACGAGGUCCACCCUCCCCGCCUCGGAACCAUCACCCAGCUGGUGACUCUGCUGCUGGAUCUGGAGACCCUGAUGGUCUGCCCCGGCUUCCCUGUCAGGCUGCCCGCCCUGGGGGACAGGGGCAUGGAGGUGAUGGAGCCGGUUCUUUGUGUGAGGGCGGCCAUCUGUGAACUGCUGGUCCCUCUGAAGGAGGAGAGGUGUGAGAGGUGUCGAGACAACAUCGUGGAGGAGGACCUGGAACUUAUAGAGGAGGAGGACCUGGAAUUUGAGCUGGAGUUGGGGGAGGAUGGGUGGGUGUGACUGGAGUGGGUUUGAACCCCUGGGACAAGACUGUGUUAGCCUGCUGAGCUAAAUCCUAAACUUGUGUUAGCCCACCAAGCCAUAACUCUAGGCAGGUUUACUUGUUAUGCAAGUGUGGUUCACGGAACCAACUAAAUACAGGGACCCAAGGCCAGGUUGCUCAUCAUGCUCGGUUCACCGUACAGGACUUUGUUUUUGGAGAACCAGGACGUGGAUUGGUGCGCCUCCAACCAACGCAGAAGUGCCUGCGUGGGAUUGACAUUUCAAUUUGGUGCUUUUAGAAAUAGAACGGCUAGAACAAUCAUUCUAUUCAUUGUAUUUCUAUGACUACAAUUUUGACUUUAGUUAUGGACAUGACUGAAAAAUGUCUUCCAACACAUCACUGGUAGUUUACCAUUAGAUCAGUGCUGCUUUGUACUUCUGCAUUUUAUUUUAUUUUGUUGGCAUUAAAACAAAUGAAAGUUCUCAACACGGGGCAACUGGGAUAUCAACAUGACUACUUGUCUUUGGUUUCUGGACCAGCUGUUUGUUUUUUUAAAACGUUUGUUUAUCAGUCAUCACUGUAUUGCAUAGACUACGUAACACGCGCAGACUAGUAGCAAUGUGUGUAUGGAAGAUUGGCUGCUUAACGUUCAUUUAUGAUCUAGUAACGUUAUACAUACAAUACCAGCCAACCGUUUUGGACACAGCUACUCAUUCAAGGAGUUUUUCUUUAUUUGUGAAGUGUUCUACAUUGUAGAAUAAUAGUGAAGACAUCAAAUCAAUGAAAUGACACAUACGGAAUCAUGUAGUAACCAAAAAACUGUUUAACAUGUAUUUAAUGUUUGAGAUUCGUCAAAGUAGCCACCCUUUGCCUUGAUGACAGCUUUGCACGCAGAUCACCCCUACCUUCUUCUGUAUAUUACCCCUACUUUGUCACAACACAACUGAUUGGCUAAAAUGCAUUAAGAAGGACAUAAAUUCCACAAAUUAACUUUUAACAAGGCACACCUGUUAAUUGAAAUGCAUUCCAGGUGACUACCUCAUCAAACUGGUUGAGAGAAUGCCAAGAGUGUGCAAAGCUGUCAUCAAGGCCAAUGGUGGCUACUUUGAAGAAUCUCAAAUAUGAAAUAUAAUUUUGAUUUGUUUAACACGUUUUUGGUUACUACAUGGUUCCAUAUGUGUUCAUUUCAUAGUUUUGAUGUCUUCACUAUAAUUGUACAAUGUCGAAAAUUUUACAAAAUAAAGAAAACCCCUUUGAAUGAGUAAUUGUGUCCAAACUUUUGACUGGUACUGUAUCAAUGUGUGUAUGGAAGAAUGUCUGCUUAACGUUAGGACUACAUAGUCUGUUCAUUUAAAAAAGAUAAUGGAACUUCUGAUAUCUUCCAGUUGCAGGAACAUUUUUUUGCACAUUUUAAGAACGGAGCGAGCUAGUUAGUUCGUCUUUUUAAGAACUGUGAACUGCCACAGUGACGUUACAAAGUAGAAGUAGUAGGCUGCUUUAUCCCUUUUCAGGUUAACUUCCACAUUAACAUCUCUCUCUCUGUCUCUCUCUGUCUCUGUCUCUCUCUCUCUGUCUCUCUCUCUCGCUCUCUCCCUGUCUGUCUCUGUCUCUCUCUCUGUCUCUCUCUGUCUGUCUCUCUGUCUCUCUCUAUCUCCCUCUCUCUCUCCCUCUCUCUCUCUCUCUCUCCCUCUCUCUCUCUCUCUCUCUCUCUGUCUCUCUCUCUCUCUGUCUCUGUCUCUGUCUCUCUCUGUCUCUGUCUCUCUCUCCCUCUCUCUGUCUGUCUCUCUCCCUCUCUCCCUCUCUCUCUGUCUCUCUGUCUCUCUGUCUCUCUCUGUCUCUCUGUCUCGCUCUCUGUCUCUCUCUCUCUGUCUCUCUGUCUCUGUCUCUCUGUCCCUCUCUCUCUCUCUCUCUCUCUGUCUCUCUCUGUCUGUUUCUGUCUCUCUCUGUCUCUGUCUCUCUGUCUCUGUCUCUCUGUCACUGUCUCUCUGUCCCUCUCUCUCUCUCUCUCUCUGUCUGUUUCUGUCUCUCUGUCUCUCUCUGUCUCUCUCUCUGUCUCUGUCUCUGUCUCUCUCUCUCUGUGUCUCUGUUUCUCUCUCUCUCUCUGUCUCUCUCUCUCUGUCUCUCUGUCUCUCUCUGUCUCUAUCUCCCUCUCUCUCUCUCUCUGUCUCUCUCUCCCUCUCUUUCUCUGUCUCUCUCUGUCUCUGUCUCUGUCUCUCUCUCUCUGUCUCUCUCUCUGUCUCUCUCUCUCUCUCUCUGUCUCUCUCUCUGUCUCUCUCUGUCUCUCUGUCUCUGUCUCUCUGUGUCUCUCUCUCUCUGUCCCUCUCUCUCUCUCUCCCUGUCUCUCUCUCUCCCUCUCUCUGUCUCUCUCUCUGUCUCUGUCUCUCUCUCUCUCGCAUUAUACUUGCUUUUCUGGUUCAAAGUUCAGUUAUUUUAUUAUUUCUGGUUCUAUGUGAAUUCAAAUGCAUUUUUUUCCCAAAACAUUUUUUUUAAACCGUUUUACAGAACUGGACCAUCACUAUCUACACUCCCUGACUGAACAAAGCUCACAGGCUGGCUUACCAUUGCUCCCAAUAUUUCACAGUUGUGGUGUUGGAAUGAAGGUCUGUGUUGGUAAGAAAUGGUUUGAUUAUGUCAAUACACUGGACUGGAUAGUCAGUGAGAAAUGAGAUAUUAGCUUUGUUUAAAAAAAAAAUAAAUAAAAAAAAAAAUGUUUUCAUAGAUUUUAUAUGUUGUUCACGGGAACAACAUGGUCCAUAACAAGGACCACUCUGUCUGAGUGGAAGACACAUUUUUGCUACGACAACAAUCUUGUCUUUUUUUAUAAAUUGGAAUUUUAUUUUACCUUUAUUUAACUAGGCAAGUCAGUUAAGAACAAAUUCUUAUUUUCAAUGAUGGCCUAGGAACAGUGGGUUAACUGCCUGUUCAGGGGCAGAAUGACAGAUUUGUACCUUGUCAGCUCGGGGGGUUUGAACUUGCAAACUUUCGGUUACUAGUCCAACGCUCUAACCACUAGGCUACCCUGCCACCUCUACACUCUAACCACUAGGCUACCUGCCUCCCCUACACUCUAACCACUAGGCUACCCUGCCGCCCCUACACUCUAACCACUAGGCUACCUGCCGCCCCUACACUAUAACCACUAGGCUACCUGCCGCCUCUACACUCUAACCACUAGGAUACCUGCCUCCCCUACACUCUAACCACUAGGCUACCUGCCGCCCCUACACUCUAACCACUAGGCUACCUGCCGCCCCUCCACUCUAACCACUAGGCUACCUGCCGCCCCUCCACUCUAACCACUAGGCUACCUGCCGCCCCUACACUCUAACCACUAGGAUACCUGCCACCCCUCCACUCUAACCACUAGGCUACCUGCCUCCUCUACACUCUAACCACUAGACUACCUGCCGCCCCUCCACUCUAACCACUAGACUACCUGCCGCCCCUACACUCUAACCACUAGACUACCUGCCGCCCCUCCACUCUAACCACUAGGCUACCUGCCGCCCCUCCACUCUAACCACUAGACUACCUGCCGCCUCUACACUCUAACCACUAGACUACCUGCCGCCCCUCCACUCUAACCACUAGACUACCUGCCGCCCCUACACUCUAACCACUAGGCUACCUGCCGCCCCUCCACUCUAACCACUAGACUACCUGCCGCCUCUACACUCUAACCACUAGGCUACCUGCCACCUCUACACUCUAACCACUAGGCUACCUGCCACCUCUACACUCUAACCACUAGGCUACCUGCCACCUCUACACUCUAACCACUAGGCUACCUGCCACCUCUACACUCUAACCACUAGGCUACCUGCCACCUCUACACUCUAACCACUAGACUACCUGCCGCCCCUCCACUCUAACCACUAGGCUACCUGCCGCCCCAGCAGGGUAUAAUUAAAGGUAAUGGUCUGUGGAGAUGCUCCAGAAACCUACUGUAUCCUACUGGGAAUGUCAGUUUGUUAUGGUAAAGAAGUACUGGUUUACUUUUUAUGGUGUGAGUAUUUGUAUCAAAACUUGUAAAAGUAUUAAACUUUAACUUUUAUGGUUG